ACGAAAUUGUAGAUUAUUAUUUCUUCGUAUACUCAUUGAUUAAUUGCCUAUAUGCGGAUAUGUUUAAUAAUACCAUGAGGUGUCGAUAUAAAUACACGUAGAGUUCAAUUCAACUAAUCAUAGCACCGAUCACAAUAUACUAUACUUUUAAAGGUAAUUUGUAAGAUUGAUCUAACAGCAAACAAAGAUGGCCCAAAAGGUGGAUGCACAAGGAGGGAAAGGAGGAAACCAAUGGGACGAUGGAUCCGAACACGAUGCAGUGACCAAGAUUCAGGUCGGAGCAGGUGGAAUCGGCAUUCAAUACGUUAAGUUCGAUUAUGUCAAGAACGGACAAACCGAAGAGGCCCCUCUUCGCGGUAUCAAAGGCCGUAGUAUUCCAGCUGUUCCUUUUGUGAUUAACCAUCCUGAGGAGCAUCUAGUUUCUGUAGAAGGUUGGUAUAAUCCUGACGGUCUCAUUCAAGGGCUUAAGUUCAACUCCAACAAGAAGUCUUCUGAUGUUAUUGGAUACAACGAUGGUACUUCAUUCACUCUCCAAGUUCAAGACAAGAAGAUCGUUGGUUUUCAUGGGUUUGCCGGAGACUAUGUCCAUUCUCUUGGAGCUUACUUUGCUCCGUUGACUAGUUCCACCUCGUUGACCCCUGCCAAGAAGCUACCGGCACUUGGUAGUGAUGAAGGGACUGCAUGGGACGAUGGUGCUCACCAUGGUGUUAAAAAGGUGUAUGUAGGUCAAGGCCAUGAUGGUGUAUCAGCGGUUAAGUUUGAAUAUGUCAAUGGUUCUGAAGUGGUUGUUGGAGAUGAACGUGGAAAGCCUACUCUGCUCGGAUUCGAAGAGUUCGAACUUGACUAUCCAAAUGAAUACAUCACGGUUGUUCAUGGCACAGUCGAUAAAAUCUUUGGGAGUGACUCUGCCGUCAUCACCAUGCUAAAGUUCGAGACUAAUAAACGAACAUCCAAUCCCUUUGGUCUUGAAGCUGGCGAACCUUUCAAAGUCAAAGAGGAAGGCCACAAGAUCGUUGGGUUUCAUGGAAAAGCCAAUGAGCUGCUUCAUCAAAUUGGAGUCCAUGUCCUCCCAAUCUUCCCAGUCGCCAACUGAUGAUCAUAUGACAUCUUUCUCUUUGAUUCAAUCUAAUAAGUUAUCAUAUCUGUCUUUUUAUGUUCUAAGUCUGUCAUCGGAAGUCCUUUCUAUGUUUAUGUCUCUGGUGAUCUUUGAAUAAGUUCUUUUACUUUUCCUGUUUCUGUUUGAAGCUGCUAAAGUUUUAUAUAAGUAAUAUCUCUUUGUGAAUGUGA